AUGGCGGCCCAUGGCGAUUCGUCUUAACUUUAUCGCACAAUAACAAGCCAAACAAUCUUCACAGCUGUUGUGCGGUAACAUGGGGAGGAACUUUACCGAGAGGCCGUAGAGCUUUAACUCAGAAUCGUUACUCCUGAUCCUUCCAGCUCCGAGGACAUUAGUAAACAGUGAUUAUGGACGAUCGUCAUACACGCUACAGCAAACGCUUGCGUACUGGCACACGGCGCCGCUACGAGGAUGAUGGAAUCUCAGAUGAUGAAAUUGAAGGGAAGCGGACAUUUGACCUGGAUGAAAAGUUACAUUGUGACAGGUUCAACUCUGAACUGGUCAAACAAAUGGAGGGAAAAGACUUCACAUUUGAGUACAUCCAGAGAGAAGGUUUAAGAGAGCCCAUUAUCUUUGAUAAGGCAGAUGGCCUUGGCAUAGAAAUGCCAGACCCAGAUUUCAGCGUGAGUGAUGUCAAGUUGUUUGUUGGCAGCCGGCGAAUUGUGGAUGUAAUGGAUGUGAACACCCAGAAGGGGAUCGAGAUGUCCAUGGCCCAGUGGCGCCGCUACUAUGAGACGCCACCCUCGGAACGCGAGAAGCUCUACAAUGUCAUCAGCCUGGAAUUCAGCCAUACCAAGCUGGAGAACCUAGUCAAACGGCCAGCUUCGGUGGACCUGAUUGACUGGGUGGAUAACAUGUGGCCCCGUCACCUCAAGGAGAGACAAAGAGACUCCACUAAUGCUAUCAUAGACAUGCAUUACCCAAAAGUACAGAAGUACUGUUUAAUGAGUGUGCAGGGCUGCUUCACAGAUUUCCACAUUGACUUUGGUGGAACUUCCGUUUGGUACCAUAUUCUGCGAGGAGGAAAGGUGUUUUGGCUGAUCCCACCCACCCACCAGAACCUGGAGAUGUAUGAGAACUGGGUGUUGUCGGGGAAACAGGGAGACAUUUUCCUGGGGGACAAGUGCCACGACUGUCAAAGGAUUGAGCUUAAGCAGGGCUACACCUUUAUGAUCCCAUCAGGCUGGAUCCAUGCUGUCUACACCCCAGAGGACACACUGGUGUUUGGUGGGAAUUUCCUUCACAGUUUCAACAUCCCUAUGCAGCUAAACAUUUACAGCAUUGAGGAUCGCACACGGGUGCCAGCAAAGUUCCGCUACCCGUUCUACUACGAGAUGUGCUGGUAUGUCCUGGAGAGAUACCUUUACUGUCUGACUGGCAUCUCCCACUUAACUCUAGAGUUCCAGAAACACUCCCUUGGCAUAGGUUUGAGACGCUCUGACUUUGAAGCCGACGGCCAUGCUGGAAACGGCCCCUCCAACGAUGCUGAGAACGGAGCUGAAAAUGAGGAGAAUGGGAUGAAGGUUGAAGAGAAGGUAGAAGAGGAAGAGUCGGUCCCUGCUAACAAGCCUCAGCCCACCCUGACCCCUUUUGAGCUGGAGGGCUUGUGGAACCUCUUAGGAAAGCUGGAGGAACUACCAACCCACAAGAAGUGUGUUCCAGCUGGGAUCCGGAAUGCCCCAGCCCUGCUGCAGGACAUGAAGGCUGUCCUGAUGGAGCAUUCCAGUGAUAACCCCGAAUUGUCCUAUACUGGAGAGCCCAUUGUCAAGUGGCCCAAAAGGCCGUCGUGGUACCGACCUCCCACUCCCCCUCCCCCUGUCCUCUACCGUCCUCGCUUGGGCCCCUCCCUCCACAAGUCCACAGUUCCACGGCCCGUCAAACCUGCCUCCUCCAUUUCCUCCCUACGGCGCCGGCGAGUGAGGUGCAAACGCUGUGCUGCCUGCUGCAGGAAGGAGUGUGGCAACUGCCAGUACUGCCACGACAUGAGGAAGUUUGGCGGGCCAGGCCGCAUGAAGAAGAGCUGUGUUAUGAGACAGUGUCUGGCUCCUGCGUUACCUAACACAGCACGGUGUGCUGUAUGCGGGGAAGGGGAGCCUGAGGAACCUAAUCCCUCUGCUCACACGCUUAUGGAAUGUUCCAACUGCGCCCAGAUCACCCAUCCGGAAUGCAUCAAGGACCCUGAUGAGGGAAAAAUCAACAAAGAUUUGCCCAGCUGCUGGGAAUGUCCCAAAUGUCACCAAGGCAAAGCCUCACCAUCAGAGUCUUCCAGUGAUGAGGGCAGUGUGGAGUCUGAGGGCUUGACCUCCUCGCAGCCAUCAAAGCAUGCUCAUAGGGAGGGCAUCGGUGUAGGGGAGGGGGUGAGAAGGGGGAGGCGUGGCAGACCCCCUUCCCGAAGUACGGCACCCCCACCCUCCCAGAGACUGCUACUACAACACCAACAGAACCGCAAGAGAGCCAAUGCGCUGGAGCUCCGACUCAGGAAGAGGAUAAAAUUGGAGCGCAGCAAACUCUUAGUGAAACACUCCUCUCUCGACCGCUCCCCCAGGUUGAUGGGCUCCAGGCUCCUGUCCCGGCUGCGUUCCCCAACCAGUAGGCUAUCCCGGGGUAGAGGUUUGGGGACCACUUGGGGAAUUGGGUCCCCAUACCGCCCCUCCUUAGGAGGGCUGUUGUCCUUCCAGCACCAGCAACAGCACCAGUACAAGCAGCAACAGCAGCAGCAGCAAUCUUCCCCAAGCCUGGUGUUGGAGCCCCAGGGAGAGCCUCGUAGAGGAAGGGGAAGGGGGGUGAGGCUGCGGGGAGGUGGUGCAGGAAGAGGCAUGAGAGAGGGAAGGAGUCAUGGAGAAGUGGAAGAGAGUGAGGACAACAGCAGCAGCAGCAGCAGCAGUAGUAGCGAGGACGAGGAAGAGAAGAGGGAGAACAGAGGGAGGGGAGGGGACAAGGAGAACCAACCGCAGGUAAGGAGAGGAGGAAGAGCAGCCAAAGACAAAGGAGACGAGGAAGAGGAGGAGAGCGAGGAGGCCAACCAAAAUGGUGCAGAGGAGGAUGAAGAGGAGGAGAUGGAGCAGGAUGGUCAGAUAGGAGAUAAGGACAGCCCAGUGAAGGGCUCAUACAUGACAGUGACACUCCAAAGGCCAUCCAGGGCCAAGCGGGACCCCUCAGCCAUUGUCCCCAAACUAGAAGCAGCCAUCACCUCCCGAUCUGGCUCCUCUGCCAUGCACAGCCAGUCCAGGGCCCUCCUCCGCCCCCCCAUCAGAAAACAUGGCCCCUGCUCUGAUCCGCGGUCUUUGCUCUCUGACAGACACAGCCACAGUGGACAUGCACACACUCGCACCAUUCACCAGGAAGGGCCUGGGGUUUCUAAAAAGACCAGGCCAGGCAGGCCAGAUAAAAUGAACAAUGGCGCCUCCUCUUCUUCCUCUUCUCAGAUUGCUCCUCUCCGCAUGCCACUCUCUGCCCUGCAGGAAGGAGGCAGUGAAGCGGACAGAGAAAAUGGAGGGAGUGGGCCAGGCUGUGAAAGGGAGGUGUGGGUGUCUGUCUUCCGUUACUUGAGUCGAGCAGAUCUCUGCGUCUGCAUGGCUGUCUGCAAGAGCUGGUACAAAUGGUGCUUAGAUAAGCGACUGUGGGCACAUAUAGACCUGAGCAUCAAGCACAACAUCACUCCUCAGGCACUGACAGGAAUAAUCAAACGACAGCCAAUCACACUGGACCUCUCCUGGACCAACAUAUCCAAAAAACAGCUCAGCUGGCUUAUAGGCCGCUUGCCUGGGCUGAAGGAUCUGUUGCUUUCUGGUUGUACCUGGUCAUCCAUUUCUGCUCUAAGCUCCCCCAGUUGCCCUCUCCUCCGCUCUCUAGACCUGCGGUUUGCUGACGGGGUUAAAGAUGCCCAGAUUAGGGACCUUGUCACCCCGCCAGGUUGUGACAACCGCAGCCAGCUGCGUACCAUGCAGUGUUUCCGCCUGGCAGGCCUGGACAUCAGUGACUCCACCCUGCGUCUGGUGAUCCGCCACAUGCCCCAGUUGACACGACUGGACCUCUCCCACUGCAACGGCCUCACCGACCAAUCCAUCAACCUGCUCAGUGCUGUGGGCUCAUCCACACGCAACACGCUGUCUGAGCUCAACCUGGGAGGCUGCAGCAAGCUUACAGACACUUGUCUGAAGUACCUCCGCCGCCUCUCCUGCAUCUCCCUGCUCGACCUCCGAGGCUGCAGAGGAGUGUCCCGCAAGGCCUGCGAGGCUUUCAUCUCUGAGCUGUCCGUCAACACCCUCUACUGCUUGUCAGAUGAAAAACUGAUCCAGAGGAUAUCCUGAAGGGCGUGUCUCCUGUGACAGUAGAGGAGGACAGAGUUGCGGAGGAGACGAGACUGUUUCUUGACAAAAGAAAAGACUUUCGAGAGACAGGGAGGCUCACGAGCACCUAUACUCUGUAAAAGGUGGGAAGGGGUUUAAACUGUGAGCACUUACUGGGGUUUGAUUUGGGAUAGGUGGAUCAGGGCCAGAGCAAGGUUUUCAGUGGUGUAUACAUUUUUUUUUCCAGUUACUGUUAGAGACUCAGGAGUUUUGGAGUUUGGGAACCAACCUUGCAUGACAAUGCAGUGAAAUAGUUUGCUGCUGAUUAAAUUGUACAUGCAGAGGUUUAUCAAGAGCUUUAUGUCAAAGCUGUCCCAAAUCUUCUUUGGACAGAUUCUCAAAUGUAGCCCACAGUCACAAACCACCCAGUUGUGUGGAGACAAGCUCAAGACUGAGAUCGAAACUUAUUACAGCAUGUUCAGCUGGUCCCCAUUAACUGGUAUUUACCAUGUGACCAAUUCUAGUUUUCAACUACAUUAAGGUGUUUGUUUAGGUUUGAGCAGUUAGGGCCAAGGUAGAUUCAAUCACUCGUUUUUUGGCAAUCACUGGCUGGUUUCUCAUUUCAACAAUUUGAUAGGGUUUUGUGCAAAAAAAAAGCCUCUUAAGUGUCUCUUUUUUUCUAUUCCCAUGAAAGGUGAAAGGUCUAUUUUAUGUCAACUUGUUGCAUGCAAUAUAAUGAUUACAAGUUCUGUAUAAGACUCGAUCAGACAUUUGACUGGAACCUCACAGUGGUACAGUACUAAGUAUAUGAGGAACCUCUGAGCGCUUGUUUAGUCCCAGUCCCACUCGCUGGUGGAAGGGUUAAGGUGCUAAAGAGGUUUUGGAGACAGUUGUGAGAAGGCAAUCAACGUGGCGAUGGGUCUCCAUCCAAACGAGGAGAGAUUGUGUCUAAGCAGCAGGGGGGGAGGGUUGGCAUUAGAAUAAAUGGUGCAUUGUUGAACAACUUGUGAGAAUUCAGGUGCUAUUAUUCCCAAACUCCUCUUGCUUUGUUUUUGUACAAAGGUUUAGAUCCAUAUGUUAAUUUUCUCGAAGAAUCCCCCCCCCCCCGGUUCUCUUUGAUACACACCUUAUUUUUUUCCGUAACGUGUGAUUUCUUUGUUUUUUUUGGGGGGGGGGUGUUCAUUUCUCUGUCCCCUUCAAGUGGUUCUGUAAUAAGGAUCUCAUCCCCAGAUUAUUCUGCUUGCCAUAAUCCCAAAAAGAAUAUAAAUAUAUAAAUACUUUGUGUAAAUGUGUUCUCCUCUUUUAGGACAUGACAAUGGAAAUUGUGUAGCGUUGUAAUUAUUUUCAGAAGCCUUUUUUCACUUUAUGUCAAUGUUUCGUGUUUUUUUCAAGAAAAAUAAAAAUGGUAAAUAACGGGUAGCUUGAGGUGGUUCGUUAAGUUUGGGUGAGACGCAGUAAAUUUAUAUUUAGACUACAGUUAAGGUUGUUUUUUUUAAAACUUUAUUUA